CUCAUCCGGAGACGCGACGCAGGACGAUGGCGGCGACGAAUCACCAACCGGCGACGGCCAACUUCGCGCACCGCCUCUUCUCGGAGCCGGCUCCGCCGGUGUCCGACGGAUCGGACGAGUUCACCGAGUUCGACGUCUGGGGAUCCUUUCCUGCUGGGCCGAUCUCGCCGCAACAGGCCGAGCUGCUCCGCGCCGGCAGGCCGACCCCCUCCGCCCGCGGCGACAGGGCAGGGGAUCGCCGACGCGCGGCCGCCGCGUCGAUGCCGGUGAAUAUACCGGACUGGUCCAAGAUACUCGGCAACCGCACUGGAAGUUACAGAAAAAAGGCAAGCGGCGUUUACUUUACGGCCGAAUGCGACGUCGGCGAGGAGGAGGUGGAGAUCGCGAUCUCCGGAGAGCGGCGGAUGGUUCCGCCGCACGAGCUGCUGGGCCGGAACCGGGCCGCGUCGAUGUCGGUGCACGAGGGUGUCGGCCGGACGUUGAAGGGGCGAGAUCUGAGCCGGGUUCGCGACGCCGUGUGGGAGAUCACCGGCUUCCAAGACUGACGACGACAAUCCCUAAUUUAAUUUCUUCGGCGCUGAUCUUCAAUUCCACCUUUUAUAUUGUUUAUUUUUGUUUUAAUUAUGUACUGAAAGAUGAGUGGAUUCAUUUUUUCCCCCUUUUUUUCUCCUUUUUUUAAGAUUAUUGUUGAUCGACUUUUUGUAAUGUCAACUUUAUGAAUUUGUUGUUGAUCGUUUA